AUGGAAAACGUGUUUCGUCUAGUGGAUUAUAAAGAUUCUUUCGCUCGCCGUUGUAUCAUGGUCAAUGGCCCGGUCAUAGUUGGGGCCGGACCAUCAGGACUAGCAACGGCGGCUUGCCUCAGAGACCAAGGAGUGCCCUUUGUGGUGCUUGAAAGAGCUGAAUGCAUAGCAUCCCUAUGGCAAAAACGCACCUAUGACAGGCUUAAGCUUCACCUUCCCAAGGCAUUUUGCCAACUCCCCAAGCUUCCAUUCCCUGAAGACUUCCCUGAGUACCCAACAAAGAAACAAUUCAUUGACUACCUUGAAUCAUACGCCAAACACUUCGAGAUCAACCCAAAGUUCAAUUCUUGCGUCCAGUCCGCAAGGUACGAUGAGACAAGUGGUUUCUGGCGGGUGAAGACCGUUACCUCAACCGAGUCGACCCGGUCCGAGGUGGAGUACAUUUGCAGGUGGCUCAUAGUGGCCACCGGCGAAAAUGCAGAGUGUGUCGUGCCGGAAUUCGAUGGCUUGUCGGAGUUUGGAGGCAAAGUUGUGCACGCUUGUGAGUACAAGUCUGGAGAAAGUUUCAGAGGAAAGAAAGUCCUUGUUGUUGGCUGUGGAAAUUCAGGCAUGGAACUCUCUCUUGACCUCUGCAACCACAAUGCCUUGCCAUCAAUGGUGGUUAGAAGCUCGGUUCAUGUCUUGCCUAGAGAAAUGUUUGGAAAAUCGACAUUCGAAUUGGCGGUUCUGUUGCUGAAAUGGCUGCCCAUUUGGUUGGCUGACAAGCUCCUCUUACUGUUCUCAUGGUUGAUCUUGGGAAGCAUUGAGAAAUAUGGACUGAACAGGCCUUCUGUGGGACCAAUGGAGCUCAAGAACAUGGAGGGGAAGACCCCUGUUUUGGACAUUGGAGCGCUGGAUAAAAUUAAGUCUGGUGGUAUUAAAGUGGUUCCUGGAAUCAAGAGGUUCUCAAGUGGCCAAGUUGAGCUUGUCAAUGGCGAAAGGCUUGAUAUUGAUUCAGUUGUUCUAGCUACUGGCUACCGCAGCAAUGUCCCUACUUGGCUUCAGGAAGGUGAUUUCUUCUCCAAGAAUGGAUUCCCAAAGCAGCCAUUCCCACAUGGCUGGAAAGGAAAUGCUGGGCUCUAUGCAGUUGGGUUCACAAGGAGAGGGCUCUCUGGUGCAUCAUCUGAUGCCAUGAGAAUUGCACAAGAUAUUGGCAAGGUCUGGAAAGGAGAAACCAAGCAGAUAAAAAGAGAACCACAGCUUGCCAUAGAAGAUGCAUUUCCCAGUUCUAAAUAUGCCCAUUCAUUCAGAUUGACCGUCCAUUGA